GCGCCAACUCUUCCAUCAACUCAUCCACAACUGCUUAGCAAUCUUCUCCCCCUUCGGCGUAUUCAAAACAGGUGCAUACCUAAGAAGCCAACCAUGCACAGUCAACUUGCGCAGCAAUCUGCCCACCCUCGCUAUCUGAGAUUCCGUGCACCUUUAUGUGGCCGAUCUCUGGUACUACGUCUCCUUCACCGCCUAAACUACCAUCAUUGUUGCCUGUUGUAGCUCACACGCAGCAAUUCACUCCUGCACUCGUUCUACAUCUAAACCAUAAACCUUAAUAUCAAUCAAUAUCACUUCCAUCUCAUACAUCUCAUGCAGAACAAAACACCCCACACCCAAGAACACGCCAAACCACCACUUCCUCCUCCUCCACCCCCAGAACCAUUUCUAACCAGAAAACCCCCACCCACCCCACUACUCCCCUUCAGCCAGAACAACAAACCACCCCACCCCCCACCCACCUUCCCAAUCUACUACUUCUUCUACGGAACCCUAACCUCCCCAACCCAAGCUGCACGAAUCCUCGACCUACCCGAGGAGCCAGCCCUCCGCAAAGCAGAAGUAACAGGCUACACCAUUGCGGAAUGGGGCGAUUAUCCUGCCCUUAUCAAUGGGAACGGAGGACAAGUGGUAUUGGGGUCUGCGUACCUCGUUAAAUCCGAGGAAGAGGCAGAGAAACUAGCACGUUAUGAGACGAAUGCGUAUGAAGUUGUGAAUUGUUUGAUCUUUUUCAAGGAUGGGGAGCAGCCGGACGAGGCUGAGGGGAAGGUGUUUGUGUAUGCGGGGGAUGCGCAGGCGCUGGUUGAGAGGCGGUUUGAUCGGAUGCUUUGGGGGAGGCAGAUGGGUGGGAGGGUAGGGUUAUGA